AACGACUAGAGAAUCCCAGCGUUGACAUCUACUCCACCACUUAGUUUUAAACAAAGAGCACGGGGAGAAUCCGGGGCAGUCAAGCUCCACUCUUCCUCAAUCGCCCGUUUGGCCCCAUUAUCAUCCAGUGACGAGUCCGUUUAUUCCCGCAGUUGCCUUUGAUCAUGCACAUCCGCUUGUUGGCAGUGCUGGGGAUGUUAUCAGGCCGAAUCGCCAUGUCUUCGCUGCACAGUCGUUGCUCACUUGUCCGAACGUUGUCCCGUCAAAGACGAAUCUCGCUGUCAUCCGAUAGCAGCUGGGCCAUCGAGUGUCCUAUAUCCGUCAACCAUCUGAACGAGACACGAGGUCGAUGGGCAUGUUGUUCCUGUCAGCUACCAGCAAUGGUUUCGAACUCGAUGCUUCAAACUUAUACGGCGGCCUCGGAGGGUCGCUAUGGUCGAAUAGUCAAUGACGUUUGGCAUCAACAUACUUCACAAUCUGUGCCCAUGGGAAGAUCAACUGUUCGUUGGUGUGCGAACUUGUCACCGUCAGCCAUAUCCUGAGAGUAAGCCAUGCGACAUGGCAUCAUUCAGUGUCCAAUGGGAAGGCAUACUUGCCCAGUGGGCGUUUUGAAGGUCACCCACUGGCUGCAAUCUUCAGACUGUGAUUUGAGUCUUCUUGCCCGGCUUCAAGCUAA